GAGCUACAAACAGAACCGCUGGAUUUAACAAUAUCAAGAGUGUGUGGUGGACGGAUUGAACCACCAGAUGCAUCAAUAGCAGAAACAAGUGGGGGACAAGCGGAACUCAGCGAAACUGAUCAGGAAGAUGCAGCAAGCAUCCAACAACCAAAUACUCAGAAGGAAACAUCCGGAAAAAACGAUUCAUACAGGUGA